AAAACUUACCGCCUAAAGCCAAGAGGAAUCAAGAAUACAGAUCUGUCUCGUAGAUACACUGAACCCUAAUUCGCUUAUUAGCGCGCACGAGAACUCAGAACCUCAAAGAAACAGAGGAAAAUAAGGUGAAGAAGUCCCUGCUUGACGAGUUAUUUGUUUUGCGUGAUUCGAGAAAGUUGGAGUUCAGUUGCUGAGUUACUUUCAGCUUUGGUAUGUUAUUGAUGACGAAUGUGUUUAAUUGGAUAUAAUUUUGCUGGCUGGGUUUUGUGGCGUGACGAUUUAGUAAUUAUAUCUGUCCUGUAUUCGUUCCCAUGAACUUUGGUUAGGGCUUUGGAAUUGAAGUCGGACGAGAUUAAUUUCGAAUUUGUUGGGGGGAUUUCCUUCUGAAUUUUUACGGAGGACCCCAAUUCUCACUAACAAGUUACAAGAUUUACUGCCGAUGUUUUUACUCGAGAGGAAACCUUUGAUCUUUUAUUUUUAUUUUUCAGUAGUUUAUGCCCAUUUUAUUAUUUUCCCUUUAAUUUCUCUAUUGUUUGGAUAGUGAAAGUUAUAGGACAGAUAUUUUCCUUAGUAAAUAGUAGUGAAUGGUUCACGUGUUUUUGGCUUUUAUGUUUUCCGAGAGGAAAGGGGACGGGCAGUUAUGUAACUUCUGACAUUACAAGUUUAUUGUGUUUGAUUAUUGAUAAAAUUCAUUACCAAUACCUCUUGCGCACGUAGAUUCAGCUCGUGUACGAUAAUUGAUUUUGAUUAGGUAAUUAACGUUUCAAAGAAUUGAGACUGCAUUUAGUGGAAAGGAAUUGUGUUUUGGAAUUCUAAUUAGAAUUGAUUCCACCGAAGCCCCAUUCAAAUCCGUCUCAAGUCCAUCUCUCUGUCUCUGUCUUGCAUAGAUACUAAUAUCACAAUCUCAAACACCCAAAUUAAUAGAUGAUUUUCUCCACCAUGGCAUCAGGACACCUAAUAGAGGCAGGACUUGAAGUGACAUUAUGAAACAAACUACCUUUGAUAACAAAAAGAAACAAUCUUUUCGGAGUGUAGAAUAGACCAAAUUUUUUGAAGCAUGAACACUGACAUUAUUGUAGAUUUUUUACUGUCAUAAGCAUCAUAUUUUGAGCUGGCUGCUUCUUGUGCUGGUUUAUAGUUCACAUGUACUCGCUAAUAUGGAUUGUAGCAAUGUAACAAGACCUGUCCAUAGAAAAGUCAUAGAGAUUAAGCACUAUACUUGGGCAUCUUUGCAUCUUCCUUUUUGGCUCUCAAAAAGAUGUUUACACUUCGUUUUUGUUAGAUGAUUUGCCCAUUGAUGUUUUAUUUCUAACGAUCAUUUCCAGGCAUGUGAUAAGCUGUAAAUUCCUGGAAUGUCGAGUUUAUAUGUUUGGGUCUGCCAGUCGAUCUAAAACAGAAGUUCUAUUCCUACAUAUGCUUUUGUGCCCACUGUAUUGUUUCUUACAAAUAAAAAUAGAACUUGCAUAGCUUUUGUGCACAUGGCCAAUUGUGGGCCGGCAAGAUAAAGUCUUCAUCCUUGGCCCAUAACUACGAACUUGAAUUCCUGGACUGUCGAGUUUAUAUGUUUGGGUCUGCCAGUCGAUCUAAAACAGAAGUUCUAUCCCUACAUAUGCUUUUGUGCCCAGUGUAUUGAUUCUUACAAAUAAAAGGAGAACUUGCAUAGCUUUUGUGAACAUGGCCAAUUAUGGGCCGGCAAGAUAAUGUCGCCAUCAUUGGCCCAUAAAUAUGAAUUGAAUUCAAUUGACUCGUAUUUCUGUAAAUUUUGGGACGUGUUGCAUAUUUUCCAAGGCUGUUUUCUUCAGUGCAUUUCGGGGAAAUCCAAUAAGGUAAAUCAAUAAAUAUGUGACAAUCUUACCUCAUCUCAUGACACAAAUGCUUUGUUUAUGAUAGAUGUCAAGCGCUUGGACAAAUAUGAGCUUUGGAAUCAUUCAUAGGGAUGUAGAUUGGGAGUGGGAGAAAUCAGGGAGGAGUUUUUGGUAUAUUUAUAUAAUUGGAAGUUCUUGCUCCCUCUGUGAAGAGCUAUUCAUCUGCGAAAAUUUUAGAGAGGAUGAGGAGAUCAAAUUUUAAUUCAAAUAAAAUAUAGCUUUGGAGCAUCUUGGAGCAUAUGAGCAAUGGAGCUUGUGGAGCACCGCUCACCUUGAGGAUUGCUCUCUUGGUUUGCUUCAUAAGUUUUAUUUUGCUUUUGAUUUGUUGUCAUCAAAUGUAUAUCACAAGGACCGAAAAUGAAUAGGAAUAUAUUGAAUUUAUUAUUAUUUCUCAUUGUGUAGCUUUAAAUUGUUCGCAAUUAUGAAAUAUGUGCAACAAUGCAGUGAACGUGAUUACUCUCAAGGACUGAAAAUGAGUGGUCGUUUCUCGCGCACAAUCUAUGUUGGCAACCUUCCUGCAGAUAUAAGAGAGUCAGAAGUUGAAGACAUAUUCUAUAAGUAUGGUCGUAUAUUGGAGAUUGAAUUGAAGAUUCCACCUCGUCCUCCUUGCUAUUGUUUUGUAGAGUUUGAGCAUGCUCGGGAUGCAGAAGAUGCAAUCAGAGGCAGAGAUGGCUAUAACUUUGAUGGGUGCCGAUUGAGGGUUGAGCUUGCACAUGGUGGCAGAGGGCCAUCGUCUUCUAGUGAUCGUCGUGGUGGCUAUGGUGGAAGUGGCGGCGGCGGCGGCGGCAGUGGUGGUGGUGGAGGUGGAGGUGGCGGCAGAUUUGGCACUUCUCGCCAUUCUGAGUUUCGAGUUAUUGUUCGUGGGCUUCCGUCUUCUGCUUCUUGGCAAGAUUUGAAGGAUCAUAUGCGAAAAGCUGGGGAUGUCUGUUUUGCUGAAGUUUCCCGUGACAGUGAAGGAACAUAUGGCCUCGUUGAUUAUACUAAUUAUGAAGACAUGAAAUAUGCUAUCCGGAAACUUGAUGAUACUGAGUUUAGAAAUCCCUGGACCAGAACUUAUAUCCGGGUUAGGGAAUACAAGCACAGUCUGUCAAGAAGCCCGAGCAGGAGCCGCAGUCGAAGCAGAAGUCCAAGAAGGAAUAGAAGCAAAUCAAUUGAUCGAUCUGUUUCCAGAUCACUAUCUAAAUCUCCUGUUAAGCCAUCCAGAGCUAGAUCAAGGUCGAGGUCAUUGUCCAGAUCUAGGUCAAAAUCAUUGUCAAGAUCGGCAUCUCCUCACCAGGCAAGGUCUGGCAGUGGCUAAAUGUGAUGCUCACUCAUUCGAGCCUGCUCGUAUGCUAGAGUUUUUAGCAUACUACUGAUAGCUGGGACGAUACUGUACUAGAACAUGUCUUCACAAGUUUAAAUUUAGACUUUGAGAUGUCUUGAUGGUUUUUAUUGAUGUCUUGUGGAUCUUAUUCAGUGCUCUGAUUAUUCGCUCCAUGAAUGUUCUUUUUGGAGGCUAAAUUCGUAGAUUGUUGUUUGCAUCGUUUACCAGCAUUUUAAUCCUUGGUAUGACCUUUUUAAGUUUUCUGUGGAUUUGGACGCUGUCAGCUUGUAAUAAAUACAGCCCUUUUUUAAUUA